AUGGAGCUCCCAGCGUUCCUCCUUCUGCUAGGCCUCUGCUCCGCAGGCCUGGUUCUGGGCUCCGAGCAUGAGACGCGUCUGGUGGCAAAGCUAUUUAAAGACUACAGCAGUGUGGUGCGGCCGGUGGAGGACCACCGGGAGAUUGUGCAGGUCACCGUGGGCCUACAGCUGAUCCAGCUCAUCAAUGUGGAUGAAGUCAAUCAGAUUGUGACCACCAACAUCCGUCUGAAACAGCAAUGGGUAGAUUGCAACUUGAAAUGGAACCCAGACGACUAUGGUGGGGUGAAAAAAAUCCACAUCCCCUCGGAAAAGAUCUGGCGGCCGGACGUCGUUCUCUAUAACAAUGCAGAUGGCGACUUUGCCAUUGUCAAAUUCACCAAGGUGCUCCUGGACUACACCGGCCACAUCACCUGGACGCCCCCAGCCAUCUAUAAAAGCUACUGUGAGAUCAUCGUCACCCACUUUCCCUUCGAUGAGCAAAACUGCAGCAUGAAGCUGGGCACCUGGACCUAUGAUGGCUCUGUGGUGGCCAUCAACCCGGAAAGUGACCAGCCAGACCUGAGUAACUUCAUGGAGAGCGGGGAGUGGGUGAUCAAGGAAGCCAGGGGCUGGAAGCACUGGGUGUUUUACUCCUGCUGCCCCAACACUCCCUAUCUGGACAUCACCUACCACUUCGUCAUGCAGCGCCUGCCCCUCUACUUCAUCGUCAACGUCAUCAUUCCCUGCCUGCUCUUCUCCUUCCUAACCAGCCUGGUGUUCUACCUGCCCACAGACUCAGGGGAGAAGAUGACGCUGAGUAUCUCUGUCUUGCUGUCCCUCACCGUGUUCCUUCUGGUCAUCGUGGAGCUGAUCCCGUCCACCUCCAGUGCGGUGCCUUUGAUCGGGAAGUACAUGCUGUUCACCAUGGUGUUCGUCAUCGCGUCCAUCAUCAUCACCGUCAUUGUCAUCAACACCCACCACCGCUCGCCCAGCACCCACAUCAUGCCUGAGUGGGUGCGGAAGGUUUUUAUCGACACUAUCCCAAACGUUAUGUUUUUCUCCACAAUGAAAAGACCAUCCAGAGAGAAGCAAGAGAAAAAGAUUUUUACAGAAGACAUAGAUAUCUCUGACAUUUCCGGGAAGCCGGGGCCUCCACCUGUGGGCUUCCACUCUCCCCUGAUCAAGCACCCGGAGGUGAAAAGUGCCAUCGAGGGUGUUAAGUACAUCGCGGAGACCAUGAAGUCAGACCAGGAGUCCAAUAAUGCGUCUGAGGAAUGGAAGUAUGUUGCCAUGGUGAUGGACCACAUUCUCCUUGGAGUCUUUAUGCUGGUAUGUCUCAUUGGGACACUGGCUGUGUUUGCAGGUCGGCUCAUUGAGUUACAUCAGCAAGGAUGA